UACCCAUCUCCGUUUUCUCGCUUUAUGGCUACGCCAUGCCCAUCAGUCCUUUAAGUCAACGUUUCAAGCAAAGAAGCAGAACUUUCCAUGAUUGAUGCGUUUAGUUAUGAGUGAAUUGUAAUCUUCCAGUUCUUUUGAGAGAGAGAGAGAGUAAUGGGUGGUGAAGAAGGAGAAGAACGAGAGUCUCCAUUGAUAUCAAGUGUCGGUGACCCUGCAGAGGAGCCUUUCAAAAGAACUGGUAAUCUCUGGCUGUCCUGAGAGAUGAAAACUCUUUGUAUUUCUCUCAAGGCAAACCUGAUAGAUAACUGCAGCAAAUCCCAUACCAAGGAUGGAUGGUUGUACCGUACAGAAAGAAGUCGCACCUAGCCUGACCUAGGUGACUGAUGGCUCAACCUAGUUCACUUGAUCAUGAGAGGGGUUUCCUACUUGUGUUGCAUCUAUGAUCUAUCCAUGACCAUAGCCCAGAUCCUCGCAGAUUACGCACAUUCAGAAAGCAAGUGUACAUGGGUCUCCUUUUGCUUGUUUGCAGAACACACGAUCUUCUUCAAGAUUGAUUCCCCAGCUGAAGAGUCUGUCUCCAUUAGCCAAUUCGUUUUGUUUUUUUGCGUAAUCUAGAAUCAAUCCCAUCAACCACAAUCUUGGAUCAUGUGGCCACAACGUAAACCGGAGCCCCAUUCCACAGCUAUUUCCAAAAAGCUUUCGCUUGCAGAGAGGGCAGCCCAAAGUUUUUUUCUUUUAGUGGGAAGCAAACUAGUCUUGUGAUGGUUACCUCUGCCUUCCUUACCGCUUGAGCUAAUCCUUUGGGUUCUCCAGUAGCCAAUUUAUCUGACAAAAUAAACUGCAAAAUGAAUGACCAUUUAGGGACAUUACCUUAUACCGCUAUAUCAGACAAUAGGAUAUCUAAUAGCAGGCCGUGCAGUUCUAACAGAAUACACACCUUUACUAUUGGAAGCCAAACCACAGAGUGUGCAUUCUGUAGUCUGUACAUGAGGUAGGAAAGCAGCAGGGGUUUGCUCAAUGAUGCUUACUGCAUAUGGGCUUAUUUCCGCCUUGCGUAUUUAUCUUUUGCAAUCUUCAUUCAAUGACCAGAAUACGGUUCUUUUAUGUUGCUUCUUUUAUGGGUUUAAUUUUUUCAAGUAUGAUAGGAAUGAUGAAAGUUGGAUGGAAAAUUAAUGUUUCAUUUUGUGGGCAUCACUAUACCAAUUCACGAUGAUACUCGUCAAAUCCUUUUUUUUUACCUGGGGGUUCGUAGUGUUGCGACGAACUACAAUACAGAAGGCUGUGUUUUUCCUGGUUAAAUUCUACUUACUUCACAUUCUUCAUUUCUGGGUGACAAACCUUCCAUUCCGCAACUGAGUUUCGCUAGUUAAUGUUUGAUGUGAAGUGAUGGGAUAGGCGCUGAUAUGGACAAUAUGGACGGCAAUGGCGCAUAUAAUAACUGGAGUGAUUGGGGCGGGAGUAUUGUCCCUUGCGUGGAGCACGGCUCAGCUUGGGUGGGUGGCCGGUCCUCUAACAAUUGUGGUUUUUGCAGCCACCACAAUCUUUUCUGCAAACCUUCUAUGUGACUGCUACAGAUCUCCUGACCCUGAAUGUGGGCCUGGUAGAAAUCGAUCCUACAUGGAAGCUGUCCAGUUGUACUUAGGGGAGAAAAGGAGACGAAUUUGUGGAGUGUUUCUACAAGAGAGCUUAUAUGGAGGUGGAAUCGCAUAUACUAUUACAUCUGCUGUCAGUGCAAGAGCUAUUCAAAAAUCAAAUUGUUACCACAAAGAAGGUCACGAGGCUUCAUGCCAAUAUGGGGAUACUACUUAUAUGCUACUUUUUGGAGCUGUUCAGAUAGUGGUUUCUCAGAUACCAGAUUUUCAUAACAUGGCAUGGCUCUCUAUUGUGGCAACAAUCAUGUCCUUCUCCUACUCUUUUAUCGGUUUGGGACUUGGCAUUGCAAAAGUUAUUGAAAAUGGGGUGAUCAGGGGGAGCGUUGGAGGAGUUUCAGCUGAUAGUAUAGCUGAUAAACUAUGGUUGGUCUUUCAAGCUCUUGGAGAUAUUGCUUUUUCCUAUCCAUAUUCGAUAAUUCUUCUGGAGAUACAGGACACUUUGAGAUCACCUCCACCAGAAAACCAGAACAUGAAGAAGGCCUCCACUGGUGCAAUCUUCAUUGCCACAUUUUUCUACCUCUGCUGUGGAGGCUUUGGAUAUGCAGCCUUUGGGAGUGAUACACCGGGGAACCUCUUAACAGGAUUUGGAUUCUAUGAGCCUUAUUGGCUCAUUGAUUUUGCCAAUGCUUGCAUUGUUGUACAUCUUGUUGGAGGAUAUCAGGUGUAUAGUCAGCCACUUUUUGCAUUUGGGGAAAGAUGGUUCAGCGAGAAGUUUCCAAACAGUGGAUUCGUGAACAAUUUCUACCCGUUUAAACUCCCAUUGGUGCCGGCUUUUCAGUUGAAUCCUUUUAGGCUAUGUUUUCGGACUUGUUACGUUAUAUCAACUACUGUAAUUGCAAUGAUCUUUCCUUACUUCAACCAAGUUUUGGGAGUCUUGGGGGCCUUGAACUAUUGGCCCUUGGCAAUAUAUUUCCCUAUGGAAAUGUACUUUGUGCAGAAGAAGAUUGGAGCUUGGACUACAAAGUGGAUUCUUUUUCAAACUUUUAGCAUGGUUUGCUUGCUGGUAUCCAUACUGGCCUUAAUUGGGUCAAUGGAAGGGCUAGUAGUUGCAAAAUUGAGCUGACACUCAUAGUAUAAAGCUUUCAACAAAGGGGAAUAGGAUGAAAUUCAUGUCAAAAUUUUCUUGCCAUAUUUAGCGGGAGGUGCAAGGCAAUUUAAUGUAUUCUUUCCAUAGAUAGCUUAAUUUGUAUAUGACGAGAUGUAAUAAAGGGUUUUUUUUACUGUAAAUAUGUUUUG